CAGCUUGCAUAUGCCUAGCUUCUUUCCUUUCCUUGUCUUGUUGUCCUUAUCGAAACGAAACAACGACUUAUACUUUCCGCUCCGUGAUUUCCGUCCCAUCCAAGGUUUUUAUAGCCUUCGUCUUCGGACUCGGCAUUUACUUAAAUUUACCACGUAACAACAUCCGUCAAUCCCGAAAGAUUAGACCAAAAUGCGCAAUACCAUACUAGUUACGGCCGGUCUCAUUUGCCGAGUCUUAGGCCAUGGAGAUCACGGAGGAGCGCAAAAGCCUAUGGUUGAUGAAAAUGCCAACUGGAUGACAAAACAUAUGGCAGAGGAACAUCAUAUUAGCGACUUCGACGCCUCAUCCUUCUUCGUUCUACACGACUACGACGCCGACGGACAUUGGGAAGCCGAAGAGAUACUACGCACAUAUGGAUUAAUGGAUGAAUCCAACAAGAACGUCCCACAAUCUCGUCGCGACGAAAUCGAACACGAAUUACUACGACUACUCGACACCAACGGUGACGGAUUCGUAACACGUGACGAAUUUGUUGCUUUUAUCGAUUCCGGAAAGACGUUACCAGAUCUAGGUGUAGGUCCCGGACACCAUGGCGACGAUGAAUACGAGUACGAAAUCCACCAUUGGGAGAAAUAUCAUGACGAGAAUACCCCUCUAGAAGAGUUAACCCACCCUGAGGAUAUUGAACAUUUCAAGAAACACGAAAUGCUAGAGGACGAAGAAGAAAGACUUGAGAAACUUAAUAAGAUGGCUAUUGUUGAAGAUAAUAUUCCAAGCAAGUUUAGAAGAAGUGGUUAAGAGUUGAUAUGACGAUAUAACGAUACCCCUACAGUUCUGGAUUGGUUGGUGUAGCAUGUGAGCAUGGCGGCGUAACGUGUGUUGGUUGAUGUGUCAGAUGAAGGUAUACACGACUUAUGAAAUGGAAUAUCGAAUAUACGUGUUGUAUAGUAUUAUGUUAUACUAGUAGAUUUAUUAAUAUGCAGAUCGAAUACGCAAUGCCGAAC